GGGAUGGGGCUCUCGGGCUCGGGGGCUGCAUGUAAUGUGUAAUGUAAUAUAGUGUAGUGUAGUGUAGUGUAAUGUAACAGUUUACGGGGUCGUGGGUUUUGUUUUGGAGAACGUGUUCUUAUGUGCGAUUGAGAUUUGAGAUUGACUGAUUGAUUGAUGGGUUCCAAUUGAUUGUUUUUAUUAUUUUAUAUAUUUUAUGUUUUAUUUAUUGGCUGGUUUAUCUGUCUCUCUGUCUGUCUAUCUGUCUCAUUCAUUCAUUUGUUUGUUUGGGGUUUAUCUAUCUUACCUACCUACCUACCUACCUACCCGGCUUGUUGCUUGGUGAUUCGUGUGGUUGUGUGGUUGUGUAGAUAUAUUAGAUACAUACAUACAUACAUACAUUCCUCUCUGACAUUCUGCGGAUUGGGUUGGAAAAACGGCAAAAUCAGAGGAACCCAGAGACUGAGAGGAAUUGGUGGAAUUGGAGGGGGGGAUUGAAUGUUUAAGCUGCUAAGCUAAUAAGCUAAGCUGAGCUGAGGGGAAAUUGUCAUUGUAAUCGUACUUGCGAUUGCGAUUGGGAUUGUGAGUGCAGGUUUGAAGAAUCGAGAGUUUGCGCGAUAGAACGAAAGGACGGACGGACGGACGGACGGACGGUGGAUUUGGAGAGGCAGUUCGAUUUCAUUUAUUUGGUUGAUUGAUUGAUUGAUUAGUUGAUUGAUUAGUUGAUAAAUCCAAACUCACAUCUGCGGAGUUCCUGGCGGAUUUCAAAGAUUCGAAUUCGAAUUCGAGUGAGGAAGGGAAGAGAUAAAAGAACGAAAAGGAAAGGAAAGAAAAGGAAAGGGAACGAAGAUAAAGGGUUCUUUCUUGAUACUCUACUCGGACUUCGAUCUUCGAUAUGGACGGGUUACUGGAACUUCCGGUGCAGAUACUAGGGGGGUUGUGGGAGGUGGUGAGGGAUACGCCGGUGCAUGUGUUGGGGGUGAUUUUGAUCGGGUUGUUGGGUUUGGGUUUGGGUUUGAUAUACGCCCUCCUCCUCCUCGUCGCGCCAGUCCCUAGACCUCCAUACCCAUCCGAAAAAACAUACAUCACAACCACUCCAUCCGGAACCACCGAAACCAAGCCCCUCACCUGUUGGUAUGAUUCCUGGGUCGCGCAUCGCGAAGCCUCGGUUUCGAAAAGCGAUUCUUGCCCUGCAAACACUAUCCGCACCGGCGCCAUCGAGCCCGCAACUCUCGAAAUGAGUCUGGUGGUCCCGGCAUACAAUGAAGAAGAACGCCUCAUCGGCAUGUUGGAAGAAGCGCUUUCGUUUCUCGAUACGACAUAUGGACGAGUGGCGCGCGGAACGGGAACAGGCACAGGCUAUGAGAUUUUAUUGGUGAAUGAUGGGAGUCGCGAUCGCACGGUCGAGAUCGCGUUGGAUUUUUCGCGGAAGAAUGGCUUGCAUGAUGUUUUGAGAAUUGUGACGUUGGAGGAGAAUCGCGGGAAGGGGGGUGCGGUGACGCAUGGGAUGCGACAUGUGAGGGGUGAGUAUGCGGUGUUUGCGGAUGCGGAUGGAGCGAGUCGGUUUGCGGAUUUGGGAAAACUUGUAAAGGGGGUUAGAGAAGUGGUGGAUGAGGAGGGGAGAGGUGUGGCGGUGGGAAGUAGAGCUUGGUUGGUGGGAAGUGAAGCGGUUGUUAAGCGUUCCGCCCUCCGCAACACCCUAAUGCACUCCUUCCACCUCCUACUCCGACUCCUCACACCCCCCGCCACCUCCCGCAUCCGCGACACACAAUGCGGAUUCAAACUUUUCACGCGCGCCGCCCUCCCACACAUCAUCCCGUACAUGCAUGCCGAGGGCUGGAUUUUCGACGUCGAAAUGCUCAUGUUGGCUGAGAGUGCGCCGGGGGUAGAGGAUGCGGAGAAAGGAAAAGGAAAUGGAGGAAAGGCAAAAGGCAUCAAAGUUUCCGAACAACCGAUUGCGUGGCAGGAGGUCGGAGGCAGUAAAUUGAAUGUGAUGUGGGAUAGUUUGGGCAUGGCAUGGGGAUUGGCGGUUUUGAGAGGGGGGUGGGGAAUGGGUGUUUGGAGGAGGAGGUGAGAUUUUUGGGGGGGUGGGGGUUUGUGCUUGGGAUUGUCGGGUAAGAUGAUGCUGUUGAUGGGAUGGGAUGGCUAGCUAGCUAGCUAGCUACCUGGCUACUUGGUAGAUAGAUAGAUAAAUGAGUAGAUAAAUGGGCGUACGUAUGUAUGUAUUAUGCAUGUAUGCAAGGAUAGAUAAAUAGACGGGCAAGCUGGGAAUCUCACAUGCGUUAUAUUAUGGAUGUAUGUGUAUACAUAUAAAAUGAGAAUGAGAAUGAGAAAGAACAAGAACAAAAAAGAGAACCGAAACGAGAAUAAAUCAACAUGAAAGUUGAAAUAAAGAUACUACUAUUACUACUACUACUACUACUACUACUACUA